CAAAAAUAUAUAUAAUAAUAUAAUAAAUUAAUAAAUAAAAUUAUAUUUUAAUAAUGCUUACAAUACAAUUUGGGCAAUGUGGAAAUCAAUUAGGGCAUACAUUAUUCUCAGAAAUAUCAACUGAUAUGGAGUGUGUAAAUACAGGUGUAUCAUAUAAAACUAAUCAUCAAUAUAUAGAAGAUACAUUUAAUAGGUGGUUUAGUGGUUUAUCUAAAAGUAAUGACCGUUUAGCAAGAGCAAUUCUUAUAGAUACAGAACAAAAAGUCAUAAAUAAAAUUUAUAAUAAGAAAAGUAAUUUAUGGACAUAUUCAACAAAAAAUGUAAUUUGUCAAGCUGGAGGAGGUUGUGCAAAUAAUUGGGCAUUUGGUUAUUUAAUAAAAGGUUAUGAAUUAAGUGAUGUGAUAUUAAAUUGUGUAAGGCAAGAAAUAGAAAAAUUAGAUCAUUUUGAUGGAUUUCUUUUAUUAUUAAGUUCUGCAGGUGGAACAGGAUCUGGUAUUGGAAGUUAUAUUACAAAAUUAUUACAUGAAGAAUAUAAUAAAAAACCAAUUCUUAAUACAACAAUAUUACCAUUUUCAUUUGGUGAAGUAUGUACACAAAACUAUAAUACAUUAUUAACUUUAGCAAAACUUUACAAUGAAAGUGAUAUAAAUAUUUUAUUUGAAAAUGAACAAAUAUAUAAUAUAUGUACUAGUUUAUUAAAAAAAUCAUCUAUAAAUCUACAAGAUAUGAAUAAAGUUAUUUCAGAAAAAUUAUUAGCUACAUUUCAACCAGUAAAUUAUGAAAAACAUAACAUAAAUUCAUUAUUAUCUCAAAUAGCAUGUCAUCCUUCAUAUAAAAUAGCAAUAAUAAAAAGUACUCCACAUAUACCAGCAACAUCUACAAGCUAUGAACCAAUGUAUAAUUGGAAUUCAUAUAUUCAUCAUUUAAAGCAAACACUUAGAAUACCAAAUUUAAAUUCACAGUUAACUAAUGUUGAAUUAAAAAUGCCAUCUAAUUUAUUAAGUAAUACCAUACAUCAUACAUAUGCUACUUCAGUAUCAAAUGUUUUAAUAACACGUGGAACAAUGUUAGAACAAGAUCUUAUAAUGACAAAUAUACUUAAAGAAAAACAUUUAUAUGCAAACUGGAAUACAAUUGAUUGGUUUACUCAUUUACAUCAAAAUCGAAAAUUUUUAAAUCAUGAUAAAUUUCUUGCUUUAAUAACCAAUAAUUCUCAAACUUCUUAUUCUUUAGAUAUAUUUUUAAAUAAAACUUGGAAAUCUUAUAUUCAUUCUGCAUUUUUACAUCAAUAUAAACAAUUUGGUUUAGAAGAAGAUGAUUUUCUACAAGCAUUUUCAGUGCUUGAAAAUGUUGUAAAAGAAUAUAAAGAAUUGGUCUCUCAUACAGAUUAAUAAUAAAUUAUAAUUAA